AUGCAGGUAUACGCGGGAAGUGAUGCCGAGUUCGCUGAGUCUCCGUAUACUGUAUUCAUUAAAUACGACACACCCGGCAAAGUGGGCGCCAGCGGAUGCACUGGCAGUAUAAUAAACAAACGCUGGAUCCUCACGGCUGCCCAUUGUAAUUACAAUUUUACUACAUUAUCAAAUAUAUUCUCGAGAGUCCGGGUGUUUGUGGGCGACAAUCAGCACCCGGAGGGCGGACUGUCCAUUCGUGUUGAACUCGUUCAUAUAUUUCGCCAUGGCGUUUUUAACUCGGGUUUUAAGCUCUACGAUAUAGCACUCUAUAAGCUUAACGAUGACAUCGAUAUAAACGGGUCGAUAAAGUCGGUUCACUAUAAGGCAAACACUGUAUGUCUGCCGCAAUACUCGGACUGGAAUUACGGUCGCAAUACGGACCGAGAAAUGGCCACUGGUUUUGGUUGGGGACAGUUGUACAGCACAAACAACACGGUCUGGAGGGCCACAAUAUUGCAAAGGGCCGAGGUGCUUUUGGAGGGCCUCAACCAUGAUUGUGGGUUUAUGUUAUGCGCACGGCUUGAUUGGGUACCAGAAAUGAUUACCAGGACUUGUUAUGAUACAAUUGUUUUACUCGUGUUAUCGUAUUUCAAGGGUGACUCCGGGGGUCCAUUGGUUCAGUACGUGGACAGACACCGGUCGCGAGCUGUUAUAGUAGGUGUGACCACUUACGGGACCAGCAAAAAUAAUUCAAACUUAUGCAAUUGGGAUAUUGAAAAAAUUUAUUUUACACCUGUAGCUUAUCACCUCGAUUGGAUACUUUAUAUUAUCAGUAUAAAUAAUUAA